UUCCGAGUCGCAGUGGCGCGGGCGGGGGCACUGCCUGCUGAGCACCCGCCCCAGCACAGUCUCGGCCUGCUCGCCAUGGACGACGAAGAUGUCGCCAACCGCAAGGUCUCCUUCCGAAAGUGCCUGGAGCACCUCUCCGGGGCCGGCAAGGCCAUCGGAGUGCUGACCAGCGGCGGGGAUGCCCAAGGUAUGAACGCCGCUGUCCGUGCCGUGGUGCGCAUGGGAAUAUACGUGGGGGCCAAAGUGUACUUUAUCUAUGAGGGUUACCAAGGCAUGGUUGAUGGCGGCAGAAACAUUGUUGAAGCCAGUUGGGAGAGCGUCUCGAGCAUUCUCCAAGUGGGAGGGACCAUUAUUGGCAGUGCUCGUUGCAAAGCCUUCCGCACUCGGGAAGGUCGCCUGAGAGCUGCUCAUAACUUGGUUCAGCGGGGCAUCACCAACCUGUGUGUGAUCGGCGGGGACGGAAGUCUCACGGGGGCCAAUAUCUUCCGGAAAGAGUGGAGCGGGCUGUUGGAAGAGCUGGCCCAAAAUGGCGAGAUCGACAAGGAGCAGGUGCAGAAGCACGCGUACCUCAACGUCGUGGGCAUGGUGGGUUCCAUCGACAACGACUUCUGUGGGACCGACAUGACCAUCGGCACCGACUCCGCCUUGCACAGGAUAAUCGAGGUUAUCGACGCCAUCAUGACCACCGCCCAGAGCCACCAGAGGACCUUUGUUCUCGAGGUUAUGGGGAGACACUGCGGGUACCUCGCCCUGGUGAGCGCCCUGGCCUGUGGAGCGGACUGGGUGUUCCUUCCGGAAUCCCCACCAGAAGAAGGCUGGCAGGAGAAUAUGUGCAUCAAGCUGUCCGAGGUAACGUGCGUCCUGUGUCCCUCGACUGCCGGUGCCUCUGACCGCCGUGUGUAGCAGCCUGUGGGGGUC